AUGGCCGCAGUCCAGGACCUCACCGACACCGCCGACUCGGAGGCCUGCCAGCGAUGCGCCAGGGCGGGACGGACGUGUGUCUUCACACCGUUGCAGAAGAGAAGGCAGAGGAAACGUACAGACACGCGCGUCUCAGAAUUAGAGCGGGAUAUGAGGGCGAUGAGAGCGGCGCUGCAGGCAAAAGAGAAGGAAGCCAAGUCUGCGGGUCAAAACAAUGCUACGAGGAAUGUUGGACUGUCGCCUCGGCCAUUUGGCCUGUGGUUUGAAGAGAAUUCGCUGCAGGCACCUGUCAGGGCAGGCGAGUACGGUCAGAGUAGUGUGGCUCAGGCGAGUUCGGGUGUACAACCACAGGGCAAUCUCUCGAGGCAACAUGGAGGGCCGACGUUGUGGCCUUCUCGAUUUGCGAACCAGCCGUCAGAGACGAAGGAUGUAGUUCAAACCGGUCUGAUAUCGAUGGCCACCGCGAGACAGCUCUUUGAAUCGUAUCGCACCGAUCUGUGUCCUAUCUAUCCCAUUGUCGUCAUACCGGAGUCAACUACAGCUGAUGAAUUACGGAAGACGAAGCCUGCACUGUUUUUGGCAAUCAUCGCGGCUGCUGCUGGCAAAGAGAACUCUGAGCUCUCUGCAGUGCUGGACAAGGAAGUAUUGCACAUGUAUGCUGAGAGGCACGUUGUUCAGUGCGAGAAGAGCCUGGAGCUCGUUCAGGCACUUCUGAUCAGCGCGGUGUGGUACCAUCCGCCGACGAGGUUCGGCCAGUUGAAGUACUACGAAUACAUUCAUAUGGCUGCGACGAUGGCCUUGGACAUCGGCAUCGGGACACGACCUGUUCCGCAUCGCAAUCUUUUCGGAAACAAGCCCUCAAGGCAGGGUCGCGUUCAUCAUCUUGAGGACGCUUCUAACCCUGACCUGUCGAUGACACCGCGUUCGAGAGGUACGAGUCCAGAUACUGCGAGUCUGGAGAGCCGGAGGACAUACCUCGCCUGCUACCUCGUCUGCGGCAGCGUCUCGAUGAGCUUGAGGAGGCCGAACAUGCUCCGGGUCUCUAGCUAUAUCCGAGACUGCCUCGAUUACCUUGAACGAUCCUCAGACUCUGUGCCUUCGGAUCGAACGCUGGCUGCUUGGGUGAGGUUGAACAUUAUCGCCGAAGAGAUCUGUACUUCGUUCUCGUACGACGAUCCGGGAGACAUUGCCUCGAUCACUGAGCUGCGCACGCAGAUGAUGUUGAAAGACUUCGAGAAACGGCUCACCGACUGGUAUUCCACCACGCCUGAUUCGUGCCUAUCUCCCCCUGUAACCAUGAUGUUCUACAGCAUCCGCAUCUACCUCCAUGAAGUGGCCUUACACGUGGAUCAUUCACCUGAAGAUUUCAAAGCGCCGUACCAAAUGGGACCAGUCCAUCAAUGGGAUCGGAGAGACGACGCAUCCUCAAUCCCGACAAAGGUCCUCGCAACAGCAGUAGCUGACUGCGUGUCAAGCGCUCACAGUCUGAUGAACACAUUUACCAGCAUGCCUCCGGAGCAAGGCCGAGCAUUGCCGGUGUUCAUCUACGUCCGCAUCUCGUUCGCCGCAUUCAUCCUUGCGAAGUUGUGUCUUUCUACCGCUCAUCCUGGCUCUCAGAUCGGCAGGGUUAUUGACAAGAGCAGCUUGAAGGUCGACGCGGUUAUGAACAAGGCUAUUGUACAGGUCAAAUCUAUCGUAGGAUCGGCUCAGCGGAGAGUACCUGCGAUCUUUCUUGCUCUACUUUUGAAGCUGAGGCAGUGGUGCUUGAAUCCGCAGAUGCUUGAGGGCCAGCAAGACGGUACGGGGCGGCCUGCUAUUGAUAUCGCCCAUGGGACACAGUCGGCUCCAAUGAACACAGACAAGUCGCGAGCGCAGAGCAGUACCGCUGCCUUCAGGGUCACUGAACACGUGAGCAGCGAGGAAACCUCGCCAGAAGACGAUCCUGAGGUCUACGACAAUAUCAGCGCAUACGUAGCGAAGACGACGGCAGCACUAGACCACGGCGAAGAGAACGGAUUGACGCCAGACGAAGGUGCCCAGAUGUCGAACUUCGACUCGUAUCAGCCAGUGCCAUACCCCUACCCGAACAACCAAAUGCAGCUGGACAACGACUUCUUACAGAUGUGGGGUGAUAUGAACGCGCUGUCGCAGGGUGGUUUGACUGGGCUGGAGGACUGGUCUACGAUGCCCCUGGACAUGAUGGGGAUGCCAGAAUCUUUCGAUUGGCAGAUGAGUGCCGCAGGGGAUGGGAAUGCGCCGACAUGA